AUGGCUUCUAUCGGUAUCAUCAGCACCUUCACGGCUGUUAUUCGAUUAUGCGGAAACUCCGCCCUCAGAGCAUUCAUCGGGAAGGCGCAAGAAGGAGAAAGUACAGUGGAGGCGGAGCUUUGCACAUCUACCAGUGCCGACGUUUGCGAAUUAUUCGACAAAGGCGGCAUCACCCGAGUUCUUGGACGGCCGGAUAUUAUGGAGAUUGUUUACAUCCCUGAAGAGCUUCACACCGAGCCGAGAUUCCAUCUAUUCACGCAAUAUUUGAAAAACGACCCAGAAAUUUCUCGCUGGUCCGAAAUCUCAAAAAGAAAAAGAGACGUUGGUUCCGAUAGCGCCAACUCAGAUUCCAACCCUUCGGAGUUUGCCCUAAAGCCAAAUAUUUCUCUCAACGUGGGACUUAAACGGCAAUCAACUAUAUUUCUCUAUAUCGUAGCCACUCUUGAUUUUAUCCUGCAGUCAGGUGUCAUUGUUUUCGCCGGUAUUAGCCCCUAG